AUGCGUGGAAAUUAUUUUUUGAUGGUUUUCCUACUUUUUGCAAUUGGAUUACAAAAUAUUUUCUGUCAAAAACAAGAACCAUCAGGAAAAUGUAGAGCUCCCGAUAAGGCACCUUUAAAUCUCGAAAUAAUAAUUAAUAUAUGCCAAGAAGAAAUCAAAUCCGCAUUACUUCAAGAAGCCUUAGAUAUCCUCAAUGAUGGCAAUUUAGAACAAAAUACGCCAAGCUAUAGCAGUAGAUCAAAAAGAGAGGCCGAUGAAGAUUUGACAAACGAAGAACGUAGAGUUGCAGGGUGUUUGCUCCAGUGCGUCUACAAGAAAGUGAAAGCAGUUGAUGAAACUGGUUUUCCGGUAGUAGACGGCUUGAUGAAACUGUACAACGAAGGUGUUCAAGACAGAAACUACUACAUGGCUACGUUAUCCGCAGUUAGGCAUUGUAUUUCCAUCGCGCAACAGCUAAAGCAACAACAGCCCUCCAAAAGUUUCGAUGACGGACAAACGUGUGAUCUUGCAUAUGAAAUGUUUGAAUGCGUCAGUGAAAAAAUCGAAGAAAACUGCGGAGUCGAAAAUAAGUCAAAUAACUUAAGCCAACGUCAAGUUUAA